AUUGUGAGUGUUUGGGUUUGUCCAAAUGCGGAAGUUGCCGCCCAGUAAAUGCACUGAUAGCAAUUGGAUGCUGCUCACGAUGACAGCCGCAACCCCGCGCUUCUGCACUGUGGGUUAAAACCCCGUGAGUUUUCUUCUGCCCGCUCCCUGAUGGCCUCGCUGCAGGAGCGCCGGGCGUUUGCGCUCAAAAUCAACAGGCACUCGUCUGCUGAGAUCCGCAGGCACUUCAAUGGGCUCAGCUAUGGCACUGCUCAGAGCGGCCAGCACCAGCGCCAGAGCUCCAUCGUCUCUGGAUCUGUCUGUUUCAACGUUCCUCAGUCUUAUGAAGCAGUGGACCCGCUGGAUGUGGAGGAAUUCCUGAUGACACAGCUGCGCAGCGGAGAUGCCGAGCUCAUGCAGGAGCUGGGCGAAUUUCCUGACGAUGAUUUGGAGGUGGAUUUAGUGGACAGGGAAUGUCGAACUGCCUACCACUCUGUCCCUGAGGAGGGGUGGGAACUGGAUCCCCAUGUGAGGGACUGUGUGCAAAGUUAUACUCAGCCUUGGCUAGUGGUCAGCAGAAGAUGCCAAGGGGAUGGAUGGAGUGCGUAUUCGGAGAGGACAGGCUUUCACAAACAACUUCUGAAGCAAACAUUCGAGUCUGAUGUGCAACCAGAAAAACAGGAGCAACCGGUGAAGUCUCCGUCUUUGGCAUUGUCUUGUGAUGACGACAGCACACGCAGCACUAUCACUUCCUCGGAUUUUGACCUUCGGGCACUUCAGCCAGACCCUCGUCUCAGCACCCUCCUGCAGUUCAGUAACUCUGAGGACCUUGACUGCUUUAACCUCGAAGCCAGACAGAACAACCGCCAACCAGAACUUUUUGCACUCUAUCCACCUACUGAUGAGGAAGAUGCAGUGGAAAUUCGGCCCAUUCCUGACUGUCCAAAGGAACACAUGGGCCUCAGGGUUCUUGUUCGAUGCCAGACCAUCAAGUUUGAAAUUGAGAUCGAGCCCAUGUUUGCCACCAUGGCCCUGUAUGACCUGAAAGAAAAGAAAAAGAUUUCAGAGAACUUCCACUUUGAUCUAAACACGGAUCAAAUGAAAGCCUUCCUGCGACCCCACACCCCUCAUACUGACACCUCCACAUUGGCAAGGGCUGCCAUUUUCUCCAUCUCCUACCCUUCUCCAGACAUCUACCUGGUCAUUAAGCUGGAAAAAGUUCUGCAGCAGGGUGAGAUUGGAGACUGUGCAGAACCUUACAUAGGGAUGAGUGAUAAUGCUAAGAACAAAGACAAGCUGGAGAAACUUCGAAGUCAGGCAGAGAACUUCUGUCAAAGGUUGGGUCAGUACAGGAUGCCCUUCGCCUUUGGUACAGCCAACAUCAUGAAUGUGAUCAGCACAGCCACACUGGAACGAGACACGACAGACUCGGAUAGUAUUAACGGCAAGAACAAUGUGGAUAAGAAGGCUUACCUGCCCAGACGCAACUCUGAGAAGUUCACCACCCUGGAGGACCAGUCCAACCUGUCCAGCUUCAAACCUGCUGUCAUAACCAUUCAGACCCUUUUCAAACAGGAAGGGGAGCGUCUCAGCGAUGAAGACUUGUUUAAGUUCCUGGCUGACAUCAAGAGAACAUCCACUAUUCAGCGACGGAUCAAGAUCAUACCAGGCUUUCUAAAGCUAGAGGUGACUCCAGUGCCAGAUACAGUGAUACAGUGUCUGUCUCCUGAGCUCAUCCCUAUUAAACCUGUAUCCGAGAAACCCGUGCGUCCUGUCAAAGAAUUGCUCGAGUUUCCGCCCAACGACGUCUACGUCCCUCACUGCAUAUACAGAAACCUGCUGUUUGUGUAUCCUCAGAGGCUCAAUUUUGGUAAUCGAACUUUGGCAUCUGCCAGGAACAUUACCGUAAAGAUCCAGUUCAUGAAUGGAGAGGAGCCACUGAAUGUUAUAUUUGGGAAAUCAAGUGGUCCAGAGUUUCUAUCAGAGAUCUACACCCCGGUUACAUACCAUAACAAAUCUCCAGAUUUUUAUGAAGAGGUGAAGAUCCGGCUACCGGCUCGUCUGACUGAGAGACACCACCUGCUUUUCUCCUUCUUCCACAUCAGCUGCCAGCAGAAACAGAACCAGAACAUGGAGGCUCUCAUCGGAUACUCGUGGUUACCAAUUCUCAAUAACGAGAAGCUGCAGAUGGGAGCUUUUUGUCUGCCCAUUGUUCUUGAACGUCUUCCUGUGAACUACUUGUUACAUUCACCUGAGAAAUUGCCAAUCCAGGUUCCACCAGUCAAGUGGAUUGAUGGUCAUAAAGGAAUUUUCAGCCUGGAAAUUCAGGCUGUGUCUUCAGUUCAUACACAGGAGAGUCACCUGGAGCGCUUCUUCACUUUGUGCCAUGCUCUGGAGGGGAAGGCUAUAUUCCCUAUCCGUGUAGGGGAUGACAAAGUGCCAGAAAACAAGCUGGAGCAUGAGCUAAAGCUCAGCAUCAUCUCUCUGUCCUCCUCCAAGCUGGAGCCACUUGUACUCUUCCUCCACCUGGUCCUGGACAAGCUGUUCCGCCUCAUCAUGCAGCCCAUGGUCAUCGCUGGCCAGACCGCCAAUCUGGCACAGAUAGCGUUUGAGUCAGUGGUGUCCGUAGUGAACAUCCUUCAUACCAGCCAGGAACUGGCCAAGGACCACCAAGGCAGGAACUGUCUCCUAGCAACCUACCUCCACUAUGUGUUCCGGUUGCCAGAUACUCUGCAUGAGGUCGUUAACACAGGUGUACUGGUACAGGAGAGCAGGUACAGCACUAUGGGCCGAGCCACAGCCACAAGCGUAGGCAGCAUGCUGCUCCAUUCUCGUGUCCGCUCCAGCAGCAACCCUGAUAUUCCUAAUCCACAGAGCCCAGAGGACGCUGAAGUGAACAGCAUACUGGUUGAAAAGGGUUUGAAUCACCCGGGCAGCAGGAUGUCCACUUUUAUUGAUGUUACCAACCGCUAUCAAAAUUCCCCUAGUAGCACACGGCCCUCAAACAGAAAGCAAUUUCAUGAAGAGCUGGCUCUUCAAAUGGUGGUGAGCACCGGCGUGUGCAGAGAGAACGUUUAUAAAUACGCCUGGUUCUUCUUUGAGCUGCUGGUGAAAAGCAUGGCCCAGCAUGUCUCUCACAUGGACAAGCAAGGCGUGUCUCGCAAAAAUCGCUUUUCUGACCGCUUCAAGGAUGACAUCACCACCAUCGUCAAUGUGGUGACUGCUGAAAUUGGAACUAUACUGGUGAAACAGCAGAAGGAACAAGAGCAGGCUGAAAAUGUGAACAUUAGUCUGGCGUUUUUCCUUUAUGACCUGAUGUCUCUCAUGGACAGAGGAUUUGUCUUUAACCUGCUUAGGAACUAUUGUAACCAGAUGUCAGCAAAGAGUGUGUCCAUGUCCACUUUGAUCACCAUGAGGCUGGAGUUUUUGCGAGUGCUCUGCAGUCAUGAGCACUACCUGAACCUGAGCCUGUACUUCAGUAGCCCUGCCUCUGCUCCCACAUCCCCUUCUCCAUCGGUCACAUCACAGACCUCAAGUUCAUGUAGUUUCCCGGACCAUAAGAUUGCAGCCAUGUUUGAUCUGACUCAGGAAUUUAAACAGCAGCACUACCUGACUGGGCUGCUGCUGACUGAACUCAGCGCGGCUCUCGAUAUGGAAUCAGAAGGAAGCAAGGUGCAGCGCAAGGCCAUAAAUGCAAUUUGCAGCCUAUUGUGUGCUCAUGAUCUGGACCCCCGGUGCGCAAGGCUAGAAGUCAGGAGUAAGAUUGCUGCUCUCUACCUCCCCCUGGUGGGCAUCAUCAUCGACUCUCUCAACUACCUCGACUUCACAGUUUCUGAGUCACGUAGUAACAAGUCCAAGUCCAGCGGGCCAGACGACGACUUUGAUAACGUCGCUCCAAUCAACCAGUCUGUUGCAAUGGCAAUUGCAGGAAACCCGUUCAACACCUUGGCAAGAAAUGCACUGGUGUCCAUGGCCUCUGUGUCAGGUAGAAGCUGUAGCACGCUGUCUGUAGAGACCAGCCGUAACCUGCUGGUGUGUUUCCUGUGGAUCAUGAAGAAUGCAGACCAGAGCCUGAUCCAGCGCUGGGUGUUGGACAUCUCCCCCUCUCAGCUCAGUCGCCUUCUCGAGCUCCUCACCAUCUGCACCUCCUGUUUUGACUACAGGGGGAAGAGUUCAGAUAAAGUGAGUGUGCAGGCCCUACAGAAGUCUCAGCAGGCUAAAGCUCGUCUGGAAGAAGCACUACUGGGAGGCCUGGGAGCGAGAGGAGAGAUGAUGAAGAGGGUGGGAGCUAAUGACCGGACUCUGGGCCAGAAAGAGAACCUGCGCUGGAGGAAAGACCUCACACAGUGGCGCCAGACCAAUGACAGACAGGACAAAUCUAAAGCCGAGUUGGACCAGGAAGCAAUAAUCAGUGGGAAUCUGGCAACUGAAUCCAACCUUAUAGUCUUAGACCUGCUGGAGAUCAUUGUGCAGACUGUACCACUAGCAGACUACAAGGAUAGUGCAGUCGGUGGAGUCCUGAGGGUUCUGCUGCACUCGCUAACAUGCAACCAGAGCACCACGUACCUAUCGCACUGCUUCAGCACCAUCCGAGCUCUCAUUGUGAAGUUUGGGGACAUGUUGUUCGAGGAGGAGGCGGAACAGUGUGCAGAUCUGUGCCAGAAAGUGCUUCAGUACUGCAGCAGCUGUGUGGAGAGCAACAGGAACCAGGCCUGUGCUACACUCUACCUCAUCAUGAGAUACAGCUUUAGUUCUGCCAGUAAUUUCUCCAGAGUAAAGAUGCAGGUGACCAUGUCAUUGGCGUCUCUAGUAGGAAAGUCUUCGGAUGUGCACGAGGAGUACCUGCGACGCUCUUUUCGCACCAUUCUUGCAUACGCAGAAGAAGACUCCGUGAUGCAAUCCACACAACUUCCUUCACAGGUGGAUGAACUUCUGAGAAAUCUAAACAGCAUCCUUUCAGAUACAGUCAAAAUGAAGGAGUUUCAAGAAGAUCCUGAAAUGCUAAUGGACCUUAUGUAUAGGAUUGCGAAGGGCUACCAGACAUCACCUGAUUUGCGCCUGACCUGGCUCCAGAAUAUGGCUGAGAAGCAUAACAGCAGGAAGUGCUUCACCGAAUCAGCUAUGUGCCUGGUGCACGCCGCUGCUCUGGUGGCUGAGUACCUCAGCAUGUUGGAGGACCACAAGUACCUGCCUGUGGGCAGCGUCACCUUCCAAAACAUUUCCUCUAAUGUUCUGGAGGAGUCAGCGGUGUCAGAUGAUAUCCUGUCCCCAGAUGAGGACGGCGUAUGUUCAGGACGAUACUUCACAGAGAACGGUCUGGUGGGGCUUCUUGAGCAGGCUGCAGAACUCUUCAGCAAUGGUGGAUUAUAUGAAGCAGUGAAUGAGGUGUAUAAGGUCAUCAUUCCCAUACUGGAGGCCCAUAGAGAUUUCCGGAAACUGGCCACCACUCACGACAAUCUAAAAAGAGCUUUUGAGAACGUUGUUCAUAAGGGCAAUAAGAGGAUGUUUGGGACAUAUUUCCGUGUGGCAUUUUUUGGCUCGAAGUUUGGAGAUCUUGAUGAGCGAGAGUUCAUUUAUAAAGAGCCAGGAAUCACACAUCUCCCUGAAAUCUCCCACAGACUAGAAAACUUCUACAAACAGUGUCUGGGAGACGGUGUGCUGGAAAUGAUCAAGGAUUCCACACCUGUAGACAGAAACAAACUGAAUCCCAACAAGGCGUAUAUUCAGAUCACGUUUGUGGAGCCAUACUUUGAUGACUACGAGAUGAAAGACCGUAUGACCAACUUUGAGAAGAACUUCAACUUGCGCCGGUUCAUGUACACCACCCCGUUCACCAAGAGCGGACGGCCUCGAGGAGAGCUGAACGAGCAGUACAAAAGGAAAACCAUCCUCACCACACAGCACGCUUUUCCUUAUGUGAAGACACGAAUCAAUGUCAUUCAGAAGGAGGAGUUUGAUCUCACACCGAUUGAGGUGGCUAUUGAAGACAUGCAGAACAAAACCCGCGAGCUGGCUAUCGCUACGCACAAAGAGAAGCCAGAUGCCAAGAUGCUGCAGAUGGUUUUGCAGGGCUCUGUAACCGCUACAGUUAACCAGGGACCAUUAGAGGUAGCCCAGGUUUUUUUGAAUGAAAUCCCAGCAGACCCCAAACUCUACCGUCAUCACAACAAACUACGCUUGUGUUUCAAAGAGUUCAUCCUACGGUGUGGGGAAGCGGUCGAGAAGAAUAAGCACCUGAUUACACCAGACCAACGAGAGUAUCAGCAGGAGCUGAAGAAGAACUACAAUAAGCUGAGAGAGAACCUCAGGCCCAUGCUGGAGAGGAAGAUCCCUGAGCUCUACAAGCCCAUCGUCAAACCUCGUUUAGAGAACAGGGACUCAGUCAAACGACACAGCUUUCGACGGAUUCCAGAAGACAGUUCAUGAUGUCGUGAGAAUGGAGGAGAAUGAGAGGAGAAAGUUCUCUAAAAGAGGGAGUUUCACCAUUUGGACUGGAAGAGACGCUCCGCUGAUGACUUGAGCACUUGAGCUUGAGUUUCAUGCAUAGUAUUAAAUGUUUUAAAUUGUAAUGUUGACAUAUUUCAGUAGGAUGUUUUAUCCCCUAAAUUUUUCUUUCAUCUUGCUGUUGUCCCACUAAAAACCUCUUGGGUAUCAUUUUUACCUGGUUGUCUUCUAGAACUGGUUUUUUUUUUUUAUUAUUAAAUCCAGAGAUUUAAAUACCAGUUUGGACUCAAGUUUAAAUAUUAAACUUGAGUUUAAUUCGUUUACUUAAUUCACUGGCUCAUAAUUUAAUUGAAAUUGUAAAUAUUAAUCUUGAGUGACUAAGGAAACACCACACCACUUUUGUUUUCAUGAAAUCAAGUUAUAUAACCGUUUAUCAUGCUUCUAAAUAAUCUGUAUUUACUGUCAAAUAUUCCAGCACCUAGAACACUGUAGAUAAAAUACUUUAUCACAUGCCUAAUGGGACUUUUUAAUGACCUACAGUCAUGGGAAGAAGAAUGUACCCCCUUCUUCUGUUUUUAUUAUCUGCCUCCAAAUAUGAAGUGUGUGGGCCUCAUCUACAUCUUUACAAAAUAACUUAUUAAUAAUGUACGACAACAACAGGAAAUAAUUUAGAAAGCUGCACAUUCACAGACAUGCUACAAUUGUUGCACUGUCUCAGGAAGCAGAGCCAUAAUGUUAGAUAAAGGGAUCAGUAGUAGUAGAAAGUUCUAGGUAUAUGUUUGGAUGGGUAUCAAGAUGAUGGAGCCACACCUGGUGAAGAUUGGAGUAGCAAAACUGGCACUUAGUUGAGAGCAUUUUCAGCUUGUCUGGCAGCUCCACUGUUUGAAUCAAUGGUGGCAUUAUGCACAAACCUUCUGGAGUAUCCAAAAUUCUUUUUAUAACUUUUGUGAGGCAUCUUUCUAAUUAGACAGAAAUUAAUGUCACAGGGUGAAUAAAACGCAUCUUGACCAGAGAAUCCAUGGAUAUCUGGCUUUAGAGUUUUGGACAGUCUUUAAAAAAUUAGGACUACAAAUGUACUUCCAGAUUAGGCUCAGAUUUUACAUAAUGGUGGUCAACAUGUUCCUCCUGAAUCAGAGCCUCCUGAAUCAGUGUCUCAAAUUUCGUAUGAAAAGAUUAUAUAGACUUCCGUAGACAUCUUAUCCAGGAGAAGAAGAAAUGGUAGAAAGAUAAUAUGGUACCUAUGCAGCUUCUGUGCUUGGCCCCCUAACGAUUGCUUGAUGUUGGUAUUGAGCACCUAAUUAUUAUUUAGGCACUGUUAAAUAAAAAGAUAGAUAUGAAGAAGGGUGCACUUUCUUUUUCCAAUGAAUGCAUAGACUUAUAGAUUAGAGUGAAAUACAUCAAACAAUAAACAUCUCUACAAAAUUCUACAUGAUAUACAGGUAUCAGUUGUCUAAUGCAGUAAAGCAAGCGAGUAUAAAAAGUUACGGUGCAAAGUGACUGUCUACAUUCAAGUAGAGUAAAGGGAACAGAGACAGCUUACAUAACCCCAGGAAAGAAAAGCCUGUGACUUAUGUAAAGCCCACCUGCAGUAAAUAGUGAACAUUUGAGCCCCAUGUGUUCUAUUGUACACUCAGUGCCUCGUGGAGCAGAUGGGAGGAAUUUCUCAUCUGCUGAGCCAGUGAAGUGAAAUGACUGGAUACUUGUGUACAUGACGCUGCACAGAAACAGAACGUUUGUUGGAAAUCUCCGAAAAAAUGUCAGUGAUUGAACCAGAUAUACUGAAAUUCUAAAAUAAUGGUUCAGCUCUCUUUUGUUAGCAGAAUUAUAAUAAAAGAACUGCACAUUAAAAUCAUGUCUAUACAAGAUUUACAAACUGCCCUGGUUACAUUAGACCUGAUUCUUUAUUCUUCAGGCUUUUGCUGCAAUUAAAUAAUA